AUGUCAACCUGCUUUUAUUUUUAUUCGAAUACUCCAAUACCAGAUGAUACUUCUGUGUGCUUUGCUUCUUCUUUUUUAGACUGGAAGCAAAUUGACACUACUAGAAAAUCCAGUCAAACUUAUGAGGCCAAGUUUGAUAACAAGAAAUACCAAAUUUCUGGGGGCCCCAAGGUGCAAUACAAAUUUAUUGUUGAUGGCGUAUGGAGGCUAAGUGACGAUAAGUCUUUACCAACAGAGUGUGAUGCAUCGGGAAAUCUCAACCAUGUUUUAGAAAUACCAGAAGACUCCACCAAACUGGCGGCCAGCACUUCCGUUGAGGAGCCCAUCCUCAUUGGGAAAUCAGAUACUGCGCAAAUUGGGGAUAAUGAUAGCCUUAGAAAUAGAGGGAAACCACUUCAACGAAGAGGCUCCACUCAAUCGACAACAUCAACAAUCAUGGUCCUAUAUAAUGAGCGAGGUCCAUACUCAAGAUUUUUGUUGUGGGUAUACGGGUUAACUGUUGGUAAAGCUGUCAAGAUUUUCAAAAUUAUGUUUGGGAGGUAA